AUGAGUUCGAAAAACAAGCUCUAAAGUGGCAGCGGUUGGUUUCACUUGGAGAAGCCGUUGCUGAACACAAGAAGAAGGACAGCCUUUGGAUUCGGAGUUCAGAAGGACGUGAUUAUUUAAAACGACCUGGCUUUAAAUCAGAAAGAUCCAUAACCCUAGCAAAUGAAGAUGUCUGCCAAGUAUUUUCUGAGGUAAUCAAACCACAACUUCUGCCUUUAUUUAAGUAUACAUGCGAGAAGAAAUCAGUCAGAAUAAUUUCUACGAAACCAACACAGGCAGCAAACAGUGUGUUAAAAGAACUUGGAUUACAGACAAAUAAACAUUGGUGCGGGCCAAUGAAGCUCCCGAUACCGACGAAAGUGAACCAUCUAGCUGUGAUGAAGUCACGAUAAACAUUGGACAAAGGUCUGGACGGUUGGUUAGUUGGCUGGGAAUUUUAUCUGUGGGGGAAGACCCUCCAUGCGAUGAUGGAACGGAUAGAACCUUGUGGUCGUAUGGCUCAGGCGAAAAUGUUGUGCCUCUUCGACCAGGUUACGAUGCUCGACUUAUUUUAAAUUCGGAAGGAACGUCAUUUGAGAUUUUCUCGUUCGAUAGUUCUCGUUCUCAUAAUUUUGGUCCUAUAUUUCAGUGUGCGGUUAUUUCUGGUGAGGACAACCUAUACACAACCCAAGAAGUUAAACCAACUACUCCUGUAAGGAAUGUGCUUGAUUUCUUAAAGAUCAAAGAAUAUAAGAAAAAUAUUUCUGGUUAUGAAUUUUUCGGUUUCCAGAGACCAGAUGUCAUUAAACAACUCCAAGCGCUAGCCAAAGUUUGUAGGAAGCGACAAUUGUAUGACGAUCUUGCGGAAUUUACUACAAUUAAUGACACCACAGUUAUAAAGAGAAAAUUUGUAUCACAAUAUCCUCUGCUUGAUAAGGUUGCAAACACAAAGACUCGAAAUGCUGGACCAACCAAUGCUUUGAAACCGCACGCAAGGAAAGAACGAAACACCCUAGUACACGAGAUGGUGAAGUUUACAUCCUCUAAUGAUGUACAAAGUUACUUUGUGUGCCUGUGA